AUGGGAUGAAGAUGAGUAUCCCUUCUAAACCUGGUUUCCGUUUUUCCAUCGAAGCUUUGCUGGCUCGUGAAGAAAAUUAUGUUCCAUCGCAACGCCUCAAAGUACCUGUCACUACGAUUCCGACUGUCACGCGGUACCAGCAAACGUUACCGACCGAGCCUUUUCAAGCAUUCACUCCAUGGUAUCUAUUUCGUUUUCCAUUCGCAUACGGUUCUGAUCUGAGAUGUUUCACUUUUCCGACUCUUCGUAAAGUGAAGCGAGUUCGAACCGCCUUCACUGCCAGUCAGCUCAUGAAAUUGGAAGAAGCUUUUGACAAGAACCACUAUGUCACGGGCAGUGAGAGGAGGCAGCUUGCACUCAGUCUUUGUCUCACAGAAACUCAAGUCAAAGUGUGGUUCCAAAACAGGCGGACCAAGCGAAAGCGACAGGUCCUUGAAGAACGGGAGUCUUCAGAAAACGAUUCCACGAAGGUCAUCAAGAACUACUCUCCGGCAGGGUUUUUAGGGCAGAGUUUUUCACCUGUUCAAUGUCGACAGAAUGAGAACAGCGUGGACAGCGGUGACUCCAAUUCUGAGAUUGAAGUUGAAGACUCGAAUACAAACUUUGCUUUACUUUGAAUCUCAAAAAAAAAAAAAAAAAAAAAUUACUUGUACUAUAUGAAGCUGUUCCUAAGCCCGAAUUUGUCAUUAAUUUUGAAUAAUUUACUAUAUAACAAGAUCACUGCAGUUUUUAAAUUUGCUUUGUUUUAAGGUUGAAAAAAGAAAAAAAAACUAAUAAAUCUUAUUGAAUCAAAUGAAGAUAUUAUAAUUCCAAACUUGAAUUUUUUCCUUGUCAUGAAUUAUUGGUAUAGGCAGAAAAUAUGUG